AUGAAAGUUGAAAAGGUUCCAGAUUCCACAUAUGACAUGAUUGGCGGUCUUGACCAGCAAAUUAAAGAGAUAAAGGAGGUUUGCCUCGUUUAUGUGCUUCAUUUAAUCUUGCCAAGCAAAGUUGAUCCAUUGGUCAACCUCAUGAAAGUUGAAAAGGUUCCAGAUUCCACAUAUGACAUGAUUGGCGGUCUUGACCAGCAAAUUAAAGAGAUAAAGGAGGCUGUGUGCACAGAAUCUGGGAUGUUUGCUCUGAGGGAGAGGAGGGUUGAUGUAACACAAGAAGAUUUUGAGAUGGUAGUGGCAAAGGUAAUGAAGAAGGAGACCGAGAAAAACAUGUCAUUGCGGAAGCUAUGGAAGUAG